CCCGCCCCCCUCGCGCGCGCUGGCGGCGGCGGCGGAAGUUCCGGAGCCGUCUGGUGAGCUCGAGAACUGACUGAAUCCUCUUCAGUUGGAAGCCGGGUAGAAAGAGACAAGAGGAAAGAGGUAAGAAAGACCCACACUCUCUCUUUUUAAAACACUUCUGAGACAAGGAAAACUGUAACAAGAAUUCCCUCCAUCAGCUGGUGAAAAUCUACAGUCUGAAAAUCUGCGUGAGCUGUUGAAACCUCUAUUGGUGUAUGUGCGGUAACAACAUGUCUGUCCCCCUCCUCGCCGAUGCCGUGACCAUUUCAGGGGCAGAGCGGGAGACUGCAGCGGACCUGCGCAAAACACCACCGCUGCCUCUGGCAGGUCAUUUUUUUACAUGGGCUUGGAGACACAGGGCACAGCUGGGCUGAGGCCCUGUCCUCCAUCCGGCUUCCUUAUGUGAAAUACAUCUGCCCUCAUGCGCCUAGGAUCCCUGUCACCCUCAACAUGAAGAUGGUCAUGCCAUCGUGGUUUGAUUUGAUGGGCUUGAGUCCUGAUGCACCUGAGGAUGAAACUGGAAUUAAAAAAGCUGCUGAGAACCUUAAAGCGGUGAUUGAACAUGAGAUAAAGAAUGGGAUCCCAGCCCACCGUAUCAUCCUGGGAGGCUUUUCACAGGGUGGCGGGCUGGCCCUCUACACGGCGCUCACGUGCCCACACCAACUGGCUGGCAUUGUGGCCCUCAGCUGCUGGCUUCCCCUGCACAGGACCUUUCCUCAGGCAGCAAAUAACAGCAUGAACAAAGACAUCCCCAUCCUCCAGUGCCAUGGGGAGAUGGACCCCAUGAUCCCAGUCCGCUUUGGAGCCCUCACUGCCGAGAAACUGAAGAGCAUUGUGACUCCAAGCAGGGUCCAGUUCAGAACCUACCCAGGAAUGAUGCACAGCUCCUCCCCUCAGGAGAUGAUCGCUGUGAAAGAAUUCAUUGAGAAGCUGCUGCCCAGGAUUUAAACAGCGCUACUCGAGACUGUUGCAGGGAGAGGAGACUGAGGUCACCACCUGUGAUCUUUAACCUUGACCUGCCCAGCUGCAAAUGGGGAGCCACAGCAAUCCACCUCCACUUCAGCCGGUUUCCUUUCUCUGGCCUUUCCCUUCCUCCUGCACCGCCCCCUCCUGUGCAUAGGGAAGGUUGCCCCUCUCUCUCCUGUACAUGGAGUGAAGGUAUGGAGCGGUUUUAAGGUACAGCUGAGAACUUCAUGUGGCCGCCUCCUUGCAAAUUUAGUAUUUUUGGUUACCUGAUUUCCGCCUUUCUUUGCUAUAUCUCCCCCCUUCCCCAACCUCACACAAAUGCUUGCUGUGGCAAUGAACUGGGUGGUAGCCAAAGGCUUAAAACAAAGGUAUUACAAGACUGUGUUCUGCGCUGUUACAGUAUUUGCAGGGAGCAUCUGCAAAGGUAUCUGAGCUCCCUGAUGGGUUUGCAACAAUCCCACCCACAGUCCCUGGGCCCCCCGCUUUUCUGUGAUGCAGAGCUUGAGCGUAUCCUGGUUUGUCCUGGUGGAACCACCUUAGAGGUGCACGUAGGGUCAGGGCCCCCCUCUCAAGCUGCCAGUGCUUGGCUUUUUCUGGGCAGGGGAGGCAGGUAAACUGCCCCACCCAGGCAAUCAUUCCAUCCCUGUUCUGCCAUUCCAUCCACUCUGCCAGGCAAAAGGAGGAAGGUCUGGCUGGCUGACGGGUUGCUGUACAUCCUCCAAGCAUAUUCUGGGGCUGCUCCUCCCCAGUCAGCCACUUGCACCAUUCAGCGUGCUAACAACUCCCAGCUGGAGACAGCGUCGGUUGGGGCGUUAAUGUGGUGGAGGGGCCCCCACCUCACCAGGAAUUGCUUCUGAUGUAUGUUCUUUUAAAAAUUCCUUUGUUUGUUUGUUUCAAAAUCAUCUCUGCUGUGGUCCCCCUCCAUUGGGUCUAUCUUGUUUUGUACCUACACAGAUAGGGUAGCGUUUGUGCAGAAGGUGGACACACAGCAAGCUCUCUGCAGCCUUUAGGGCACCACAGCUCUCAGAAGCACCAUUACUCCACUUUCUAUCCAGUCUGUAUUGAGUAGCUGCAAGCGGCCUUUUUGUCUAUGGGGUGCAAUCUCCCUCUUUUCACUCCCCACCCCCCUGGUCUUGUUAGUGGAAUGGGCAAGCACAGUCCCCCUCUCUCCCUUCUAGCCCUGGUGGCUGGCAUAUUUUUUGAGGCUCUACCCUGAGUCUCUAGUCUGUUUUAUUUCAGUAACCGUCCCUUUUCACCUCAAGGAGAAGGCUCUCAUCCUCAUUUUUGGCAGGGGGCUGUGCUGUUGAGCAGCCUAGGUUCUCUUACCAUCACCCCUUCAGUACCCACACCCAAAUUAUCCACUGAUGUGGGCUGACACCAGCACUGACGGCCAGGCACAAGGUGUCUAUUCAAGGAGCUUUCCUCUUUUUGUGUGAAGGGCUAAAUGUUGCCCCCCACAUUGUCCCACUGUGUUGCUCUUUGUGACGGAUCUCUCUGCUCACUUCCUUCCCCUGGCUCUGUAUGGUCCUCUGUGGUUGGUAGCAACAGCAACAGCAAGGGAGGUGCUUAGGGUCCCCCAAGACUAGGACAGCCCUCCCUCUGCUACACUUUCCAGGGCUUUAUGCAGCUAUGUGCAGCAAAGGGGGAUCUCAGCAUAUCCAUGUAGGAAUACAUGGCCUGCCCUCAUAGAGCUUGCAUCACAAUGGCAGCCCCAAAGGAGAUGUUGCUCCCCUUCCUGCUUUCAGUGCAAGGCUGCCGCCUCUGCCCUGAGCAGCCACUGCUUCCCCCAAAAUCUGCUUUUUGCCAGCCUUGGGGUUCAUUUGACUGAGACCAAACUUGGCUUCUCUAGAAGGCAAAGUGCCUUCACUGCCAAGCAGAAAAUCUCCCACUUGGGGGUGGGGUCUUCUCUUUUGGGUGCAGGGAGAGGCCUGAUCCCUGUGGGCACUUUCCUUUUUAGCAGCUGGCAACUUGCUGGGUUGUCCUCCAGGUCGCAGGGGCUUCCCAGAUCUCAUUGCAAAUAGGGCCAGAUUACACAGCUUGGUGCCGGAGCAGCUCACAUUCACAGAAACAGCAGGAAUGGUUGGAGAGAUUUGUUUGUAAUGGGCCGGAGUGUUCUGCAUGGCCUCUUUUUAUCAUCAGAGAAGCAGAAAGCUCUAAUCCUUUCAUAAACUGAUUUGCAUUAGACUCAUUUUGAAUGACUGCUUAAAUGGCAAAGCUGCCUCUUGCUUGCUCUGUGGAGGGUUUGAAUCCUCCGCUAUUCUGCUUUGGGUUUGGAUGUUCUAGUGGUUGGGAGGCCUGUGGCUGGUCUUGGACACGCAGCAGAAAGAGGUGGUAGAAUCCCAAGGUAGCAGAGGGCGGGGACUGUACAACUUCACAAUUGCGAGGUGGGUUUUGUGUGCACUGUUCUUGAAUGCUCCCUGACGUAAAACUCAAAUCCCUGUAAGUAGCAACACAUCAAACAGAGGUUCUUAUCUAGCCCUCUCAUCUGCUGGAUUUCUACCUGCAGGGACCUCUGUGUGUGUGUGUAUACUGCUUUUUUUUACGUGGGGAGUAUUUAGACAUGUUAUCCCACCACCACUUCAGCCUUCAGAAGGAAGUGUUGUGGUGACCGUCCUUUUCCCUCUGCAUUUUGCUCCAUCUGCAGACCAGGCCUUGGCUUCCUUCUCUAUAGUGAGCGUGGGCAAGCAGACAUGAGGGCGAUGCUCCUUCUGUGCUUGUGGCUGCCUGGCUGCUGCGGCCUCUCUCCUCUUCUCUGGCCAUUAAUUGGAUUGUUCUGUAUAGUAAUUACACAGAGAAGUGCCAUGGACUCUGCUGCUGUUGCCACUGCCAAUUUUGACUAGAUCCUUCUCAAAGCAAAUUGUCAAAGUGGCCUGCAAGUCUUGGGUGUCUCUGGAGGGAAUGUGUUAAGAAUAUGGAAGCCAAAGCAAAACAGUGGCUUCUGUAUGUUCCUGCACAUGAAUUAAUUCUCUUCCCCAACCCCCCCUUUCCCUUUUGUCUUCCCCAUACAUCAUUUUUAUUUUUGUGUUCCACUGAGAUUAAACAAACACAACCAUCUGUGCCUCACCUUGUUUCUUCAGUGUAGUCAAGAUGUGUCAGUUUCUCCUACAGUCAUUGUUUAAAGCACUGUGUACGCCUCUUGGUUUAGAUGAAUAACAAGCCUGUGCAGUAGAUCAUAGGCCAGGGGCAGCUGAUAUGUGACCCUCCAGAUAUUGCUGAACUACAUAUCCUAUCAUCCCCAACCAUUGGCCAUGCUGGCUGGGGCUGAUGGAAGUUGCAGUUCAGUAUCAUCUGGAGGGUUGCAGAUUAGCUACCUAUGCUUUUCGUGUCUUUCCUACAGGAUGAGCAGCAGGGGAAAGAAAAACUCACCUAAGGCCACCUGUGGGCUUCAUUUGUGAACUAGCAUUUAAUCACAGAUAUUCCCAGUCCAGGCCCAAAUACCUAUUGCAACACUGGAAUUCUACAAACUGCAAGUUACCAUCUUUGAUUUCUAGAGUGCAACAUGUGACCCACAAGAUGAACUCCCUAGAAAAUAUUGGUUUUUGUCUACUAAAUUUUAAAAGGUUCUAGUCCUUAUUGUGGCACAAAAAAGCCUCCUGAGGCUAACUGCUGAAUGGCUCUGAAUCCAAAUACUGUAUGUACAAAAGGGCUUUAUGUAAUAGAGAAGCAGAGUGGGUAGGAGAUACUAUUCCCAUGUAACACCCUCAGUUUGAAUGGGUUUUUCUUAACUUCCCCUUCUCAUUGAGUCAGGGCCAGCUCUACUGUUAGGCAGGUGUUGAAGAGGUAGGGAGCAGCAACAAAGUGUUGGCUAGCGCUGUGUGCCUGUGCCUUGUGAUCCGCCUUUCACCAGCUACAGUGGAGAAUGCUGUUCCAUCACCAGCACUGAAGUAAGGGUGAGCUGCCACUUGGGGUGUGCAUGUGUUAUUUUGUCUUUCUGGCACUGGCAGCUAGAUCUCUUAAGCUGACCCUGAGGACAGUAUUGUUUACUCUGCUUAACACUGGCUCUUCAAGAUCUCUGUUGCUUGAGAAUUGUUUCAGCUCGAGAUGUUUGGGGACUGAAGAUGGGACAUUACAUGCAGAGCAGGAACUCCCACCUCAACCACAAAGGAAACUUGUAACCCAACCAAGGCAACAUUCUCAUAGCAAUAGAUCUUGCUAUCGCCAGGGUGUGUGGUAGGCAGGGGUGUUGCAAUAGGGGGGCGGGGCGCCCCGGGCUCCACUCUGCGGGGGCAGCGCCGCCUUGAUUCUUUCUGCUUGGGCGAGGCGAGGGGCGGGCCGCUGACACCCUCUCUGGCCUCCCCCCCCCCCCCCGCCUUGCGCGAGCAGAAAGAAUCAAAGCGCGAGCCGAGCAAGCUGCGGCGCAGAGCGAGUUUUACAGGGCGACCCUGUAAAACUUGCUCCGCGCUGUGGCUUGCUCGCAGUUUGACGGCGGCGGAGCUCCAGCACCGCUGCAGCCAAACCCGCUCCAUAGCACGCAUAUGCGCAGCGUCCCUCCGUAGCACACAUGCUGAGUCACAUCACAACGCAGCACGUCACUACAGAGGGACGCUGCGCGCCAAGGGUUGGGGUGCCGCCCCUGGUACCAGGGGGGCUUGCAUCGCCGCUGGUGGUAGGCAUCUGUCUUAAUCAUUCAAAGUGAGGACAAGGAAGUUUAUGUUGCCUAUAUUUUGUCUCAACAAAGAGAGAUGCCUUGUGCGUCUUGAGGUGGCAAUCUAAUCUUACUCUGCUAUCUCAGAGUAUGUUAGGCAAGGCCUUGUAAAUACCUGGCUUUGGGGCAGGAAGCCUUAAUCCACUUGUUCACAAACAGUCCCAUUGACGUAGGUGGGCGCUGUUUCACCACCGGGAUGUGCUUGCAUGUUACUGCUGGUGCUAUAAUAAAAGCUGGAAGUGAGCCUAGUAAUUACUACUAUGUGUUAAUCAUUCUGUGUAUAUUUUCCAAUAUCUAAAAAUAUAACAAAACACACCUUUUAAAAGCCUCAUCCCCCUUAGUCUCAAGCCACCAAAUUUACACUGGCAAGAUUUAGAUUUUCCUGGUAACAUCUGGGAUGUGUUCCAGGCAGAUGACCCUAAGAAUAACAUAGUUAUCAAUAAUCAUUCAAUUGCAUUUUCUUCAAUGCCCUUCUAUAUGUUUUUUGAGACCUUAGGAAAAUCUGGCUGCUUUUCGAAGGAUCAGUGCUACUUGGCCAUGUUUCUGGCGGCGGCGGCGGCAGUGAUCAUUAUGCGUCACUUACUCAGCACAAUUUUAAUAAAGUGCCUAUUUUUUAUUGAUCUUCUAAUUUGCCCUAAAAUACUUCUGCCUACAUUAAAAAUUAUAUGCACAUUCAGUUGAUGGUGCUCAAAGAAAUGUUUCAGUGCAGAUUUAAGAGUUCUUUAAAAAGCUAGGCUCCUAAAUGGCCAUUCUUCAGGGCACCGUAACUCACUAGGGCAGAGGUUGCCAACACGCCACAUACAAGUGCUAAUGUGCCAGCCGGUAUCACCUACUGUGCCUGGAAAAGGUCUUGGUAAAUAUAUAUAACAUAAGAGACUGUUUGAUCUUCCUGUUCAAUUUGUGUUUGCACUUGGCUUGGCUUCUCCUACGUUGAAUACGCCCCUUUAAAUAUGCCUACCUACUUUUGGCUGCCCAGGAGUGGGCACCUGCCAUCUCUGCUGCUCUGAACAGGGAAAUUAGGCCACCCCCAGCAGCCAUUUUGGCACUUCCUCAAAAUUCCAAAUGUGC